AUGGAUGAGAACGGAGGAGACCAAAUGGCCUCCCUGAAGGACUUACUGGAAUACGACGAAGAGGCAGUGAUUGACCAGGGAAAAUGGAGCAGCACUGCCAGCAUUCACUAUGAGGAUGAGCUGGAAACACGUGGGGAGGGGGCGGCUGCUGAGAAGCCGAUCCCCCAGCUGUGGCAGGCAGGCCAGUCCACCCCAGUCCGUGGGAGCCAGGAGGACGAGCAGCAUGCUCCCCACAAACUCUUCUGCCAGCUGGCUGAGAUCUGCGUGGCAGAGGGGGAAGCUGCUGAGUGGAAGGAUGCAGCAAGGUGGUUCAGGUUUGAGGAGGACGUGGAAGACGGUGGCGAGCGCUGGAGCAAGCCCUACGUGGCCACACUGUCCCUGCCCAGCCUCUUGCAGCUGAGGAGCUUCAUCAGCAGUGGCACAGUGCUGCUGGACAUUGGGGCCAGUGGCAUGGAAGAGAUUGCAGUGGCAGCACUCAGCCCUCGGCCUUCUGCAGACGCUGCUGGGGCUGAAGGUGGGGGGAAGCAGGAGAGCUCCACAAGGGCUUUAAGCAAGGCGGAGCUGCGCUUGCUGAAGAGAAUUCCCAGCGGGGCUGAAGCCUGCAGCCUGCUCGUAGGGGAGCUGGGGGCCCUUCAGCAGCCCCUCCUGGCCUUUGUCCGCCUGGCCCAGGCUGUCCUCCUCCCGGGGCUGACCGAAGUGCCCAUCCCAACCAGGUUCCUCUUUGUUUUGCUGGGACCAGCAGGAAGAGCCCAGCAGUACCAUGAGGUCGGCAGGGCCAUGGCUACUCUCAUGAUGGAUGAGGUUUUCCAAGCAGUUGCCUACAAAGGCAAGAAGCCAGGUGACCUGGUGGCUGGCCUGGAGGAGUUCCUGGAGCGGGUGAAGGUCUUGCCAGCAGGCCAGUGGGAUCCCUCCAUCCGGAUCAAGCCCCCGGAAAAGGUCCCUCCCCAGGAGAAAAGGAAGGUGCCAGGAGCUGUGGACGGCAGCGCUGCGCACCACCACCAGAAGCAGUCUGAGAACUGCUCAGGAACAUCUGAAGCAGCUGGCAGGCCCCAAGCCUUUGAAGGAGAAGAGUCAGAACACUCUUUCCGCCCGUGGCCAAGGCCGGGCCCGGGGCAGGUGAGGAGAGAGGCUGCGGGCUCGGGCCGGUGCCCGGCACAGCUGCUCCGGUCCGUGUGUGCGGCGGCCAAGGCUGCUCCCAGCGGCCCCGCACGGCACGGCGGUUACGGCCAGGGAGGGCUCCGUGCCCCGCGGAGCCUGCGCGGUGCUGGGCACGGGCACGGCCCCGGCCGGUCGGUUGGGCGCGGCCCCGUGGCGGAGGUUACGGCCAGGGAGGGCUCCGUGCCCCGCGCAGCCUGCGCGGUGCUGGGCACGGGCACGGCCCUGGCCGGUCGGUUGGGCGCGGCCCCGCACGGCACGGCGGUUACGGCCAGGGAGGGCUCCGUGCCCCGCGGAGCCUGCGCGGUGCUGGGCACGGCCGUGGGCUAG